AUGAUACACAAACAAGAAUUGGUCAAACAGAAAAUCGCGGGACUCAAAGUGGAGGAGAAGCAAGAAGAGUUGAAAAGAAGAGAAGAAAUCAAUAUGCAGCUUGUGACAGACAUUAACGAUUUAAAAGAUAAACAAUUAGAAAAGGAUAACCAACUCAAAAAGGUGAAAAAAGACACGUUCAAAAUUGGUGUAUUGAUCGAGAACACCACAGAUGAAGUCAACGAAAUCGAAAAGUCGAUUCAAGAAGAUAAAAUACGAGACAAGUCGCUCCGUGACCAAACAGAAAAGGCGAAAAUUCAAACCGCAAAGGUACAAAACCAAACGAAAAUUGUUAAGGUUGACAAAGAUAUGAUUAUUCAAGAACGACAAGAAGUCGAAGCAUCAACAGAAAAGAAACUUGAUGAAGUCGACCUCUUGUCAGAAACACUCAAUAAAUUGGAAAAAGAGACUUUCGACGCUGAGGUCGAUAGAGACAGAGCAGAACAAACAUUAGCAGACACCACCGAGCGAAAUCAACGAAUGUUAGACGCUUUAGAAGCCAAGUUGAAUCACACAUUGAGUCGAGAGAAAAAGGCGAUGGACAAGUCGCACAAAAAGAAUAAUGCCGAAAACAAAAAAGCGCGAGAGAAGAGAAAACAGACCCGGAGAGAAAAACAGAAAGUCGAAGACGCAAUUGAAGACCAAAAACUUGCAAAGAAAAUCACUGAGACGAAAUUGACGACGUUGGAAGAACAAGCAGAAAUUCUUGACGACCGCACCGAUCAACAAGUCGAGCAGAUAACAAAUCAGGACGCAGCUAUCGAGGCGAAACUCAAAGAAAUCAACGAAAACAGAAAAAAAAUAUCACAACAACAAAAGACCAGAUUUGUGGAACAAACAGUUGCUGGUAUCGGGGCUAAAGCUGCACCCAAAUCUAAUAUUGUUAUAGAUAAAGAUGUUGAAGCCACUGUCUCUAAAAAAUAUAAAGAAGAACGAAAGAAAAAGAAGAGUGCGUACGACGACUUUAUUAAAGAAGUGGAGGACAUUAAGAUUGAGGCACCUAAGAGAGAGAAGAAGGCACGUGCUGCUCCAUCAAAACCGGAAGAUGAUCUCUUCGAGAAGGAAAUGGAAGAGCGAAAGAAGAAGUACGCAUAUCUGGACGUUGACGCUGUCGACAAAUUACACCGAGAUAACACUAAAUUGGACCAAUUAGUUCGUGAAGAGAAAAGGCAAAUUGAACUUGACAGACAAAAGAAAUUGAGUGAUUUAGUCGACGAACAACAGAAGAUCCAAGACCGACUCAGAGAAGAACAAGAGGAGGUUAAAAAGGAAUUCCAAGAGAAGCGCGAGAAGUGGCGUAAAGAGCGUAGAGAGGUAUAUAAACUUGUUAAUGUGAUUGUCGAUAUUACCGACUUUUUGCCCACAAUUCCAGAAGCGCGUGAGAUCUCGUUGAAUCAAAGUCAAAGAGCAUAUAAGAUGUUGGAGUGGGAAAAUAAGACUGUUGUUGACGAUUUAUUCAAAGAGUGGGCGACCAGAAGAAAUGGAUUUAUGGAUAAGUGUCCCAUGAACCCAGUGGAAGAAGAUUCACACGACUUCCUUAGUUUCACGAAAUUGAGUGGAACGACUGGAAACGGGGACAAGUCUGUUUUUGUCAAAUCGAAACAAAGAAUGAAAGCAAAGGAAGAGGCAGAAAAGAAGGAAAAGUAUGGCAUGCUUGGCGAAAUGGACGGACACUCUCCCCGAUUUGAGAUGGGUGUUGACACUGAAAUUAUGGAUGAGAGUGGUCAUAUUAAUAGUGAGAAUGGUCCGAUACCAAUUGCGUUUUUCUUGGACGAUAUGGACGAUGAAGACAAAGAUGUGCAACGUAAAAUUGAAGCGGAAAAGCGUCGUAAGAUGGAAGAAGAACAACGACUCAUUGAAGCGGAACAGAAGCGGAGAGCUGAAGAGGAAGCAAGACGUAAAGCGGAACUGGCAGAGAGAGAACGACAAGAGAUUGAACGUAAACGACUUGAAGAGCAAAAACGUAUCGAAGAAGAAGAGCGUAUUAAACGCGAAAUUGAAGAAGCAAAAGCGAAGGCUGAACUUGAAAAGCAAAAAGCAGAAGCAGAGCGUGUCAGGCUUGAGAACGAAAAGAAGAGAAUUGAAGCCGAAAAACUUCGAAUACAAAAAGAGAAAGAAAGACUUGAAGAAGAGAGGAAACAAAAACUCGAGGAGGAAAGGAAGAAAUUGGAGGAGAGUGAGCGGAUAAGAAGAGAAGAAGAAGACGCAAAAAGAAAGGCUGCUGACGAACUUAGAAAGAAGCAAGAAGAAGAGAGAAUAAAAGAAGAGUUGAGACUGAAGCGAGAGCACGAAGAGCUGAUGAGAAUUGAAGCCAUAAAGGCACUUGAGAGGCAAAAACGUGAAGAAGAAGCUCAAAGACUUGAAGAAGAAAAACUUCAAAAACUUAAAGAAGAAAACGAGCGCAAAGAGAGGGAGGAAAAUGAGAGAAAGAUGCGUGAAGCCGAGGAAGAGAAAAUUAGAAAACAACAAGAAGAAUUGCUCGAGAAAUUGAAAAUUGCAAAAUUGGCAGAAGAAAAAGCAAAAGCAGAGGCGGCUGAAAAGGCAAAACUUGAAGAAGAAGCCAAACGUGACGCUGAGCGGCUGAGACAACUCAGAGAACAAGAAGAGAAAGAACGCAUAGAGAAAGCGAGACUCGAGAAAGAAAGAAUAGAAAAGGAACGCAUUGAGAAGGAAAGAAUUGAGCAAGAAAGAAUUGCAAAAGAAAAAGCUGAACAAGAGCGCCUUGUGCAGAAACAAAAAGAAGAAAAAGAAAAAGAACGGUUGGCACAAGAAAUGAUCGAGAAAGAGAAGCGUGACAAGGAAUUAGCUGCGAAAAAACUAGUUGACAUGGAAAUUGCCAAUGAAAAAGAAAGAGCUGAAAAGGAACACAAAGAGAAAGAAGAAAAAGAGAGGAUGAAGGCACUGCAAGUUGCUGAGGAGAAAGCGAAAGCCGAGGCUGAACGUGAACGUCUCCGAAAAGAACAAGAAGAAAAAGACCGUCUUGAAAAAGAGCGGAUAGCAAGAGAAAAAAUGGAACAAGAAGUGAAAGAGCGAGCUGAAAAGAUGAUGAAAGAAAAAGCAGAGGCGGAAGCACAAGCAGCACAACUUGCUAAAGAAAAGGCUGAGGCGGAAGUUGCUCGUAUCAAAGCAGAAAACGAACGAAAAGCUGCUGAGGCUGAGCACCAAGCUAUGUUGGAGAAAUUAGAAAGGAUGAGAAUCGAGAAAGAGAACGAAGCGAAAAAGAGGGCUGCUGAGGAACAAGCCCGCAAAGAACGCGAGAAGCAAGAACAACUUUUGGAAGAAAACAGGAAAAGGGAAGAACAAAAACUGCGCGAGAAGGAAGAGGCGGAACGCAAAGAACGAGAGGAAAAGAAACGUGAAAUUGAAGAACAGAAACGCAAGAUAGAAGAGGAGCGUCAGCGUGUAGAAGACGAGAAGAAAGCGGAAGAGGCGAAGCGUCGUGCCGAGGAAAAGUGGCGACAAGAAGAAAACGAGAAAUUGAAAUUGGAGAACGAGCGUUUGAGGAAAUUGGCUGAAGAGAAUGAGCGUCUUGAGAAUCAAAGGAAAUUGAUUGAACAACAACAACAUGAAAAAGAAAUGGAACUCAAACGUAUUGAAGACGAGAAACAGAAGGAGCUUGAAGAAAAGAAACGAGCGAUUGAAGAAGAAAGAAAGGCAAGAGAAGAGGCGGAGAGAGUGAGAAAGGAGAAUGAAGACAAGGAAAUUGCACGCAAAGAAGCCGAAGAAAAAGCCCGUCGUGAGGAAUUUGAGAAAAAAAGGAAAGAUGCAGAGGAAGAGCGCAACAAGAAAGCGCGGGAGGAUAUGGAAAGGUAUCAAAAAGAAAAGGCGGCAAGACUUCUUAAGAAAAACAGAAAGACGGCAAAGAGACAAGUAGCGCCACUUGCGCAGUCGCAAUUCAUCAGUCCACUCGGUCGAUCUAAGUCGCCAGUGGGAAGUCCAAGAUUGUCAGACACUGUCCAGAGAAAGAUCGAGGAGAAAGAAGGAAGUGUUGUGAUGGGAACAACACCUGUUGCCACACCAACAAAGCGAAGGGGUGUUGUAACGUCGUCUCAACCUGAAGAAUCACAAACGCUGUUCUAUCCGUCUGCAAUCAAGUCGAGUGUGUCAUUUUCGACACCAGGAACUCCAGUCAAAGAGAAUGUAAAAGCGGACCAGACGAUGGGACAUUUGUCAAAGAAGGUCAACAGUACAGUCAAUUCAGAAAUGGUUGAAAAAGACAGACUGAAGACACAAAAGAGUAGACGGUUUUCGUUCAGAGAAAAGAAAUAUGUUGAAGAUAUUAUGCCGGAGUUAGUCGAUGGAGGCGAGGUUAAUCUUGAGAGAGAGGGGGUCAGUGGAAAGGUAGCAAAACCAAAAAAGCAAAAACAGUCGGGAAAGAGUCGAUGUUCCAUUGUUUAA